AUUUUGUUGUUUCUCUCCAAGUUCAACCAAUGCCUUCGGUCCACACCAGCACCUACGAGCUCGUGCUCGCUCCGAUCGCGCAAGCAGUCGGUGAGCUGGUCGUCAUUGAAGAGGAGGCCGUGCAGCACAAGUCGCCCUUCCCCGACAUGACGGCAACCGGCUCCAUGAUUGCCAAGUCAACUGCCGAACUAAUCAAGAUUGCCACCCGCGUGAAGGCGACCACCACCGAUCGCCAGACACAGGACGCCAUGACCCCCGCCAUGGUUCUCUGCGAGGAGUCUGCCAAGCAGUUCGUCGAGAGCACGGUCGCACUGCGCGACAACCCGCGCAACGAAGAGGCGGCGGCAUCGCUGUCGCGCGCAGCAAAGGCGCUGCUGGAUGGCACGUCGCGAGUGCUGCAGGCGUUCGACGACAACGAGGUUCGCCGUAUUCUGGCCAUCUGCGAUCGCGCGCUGGAGCAGAUUGCCAUUCUGGCCAAGGUCAACACGAUUCCCGAGCUCGCUGCCUCGCUGAAGCCCGCUGUGGCUGCGCUGGUCGACGUGGCCAAGGCCACCGACCGUCGUGCCACCGAGCUGACGUCGCUGACGGUGCAAAACCAGCUGCUGUCCGCCAACGAGGUCAUCAAGACCUGCUCGCCCAAUAUUGUCAGCAGCAUCAAGCUGUACUGCACCACCCGCAGCAGCCAAACGGAGGCCGAGCGCGAAAAGUCAGACAUGUCGAUUGCCACGCGCUCCUCGAAAGAGUUUGUGACGGAUCGCGUGCGUGACGCCGUGCUCGAGAUUCGUCGCAUCAUGCAGCUCAAGUUUGUCUACGACGAGGACAUUGACGACGCAUACGUCAUUGCCGGCGGUGUCGUGACCUCGGGUGGCGCGUCGUCCACUGCGGCCACCGCCCAGACCCUGCAAUUCCUGCAGGGCGGCGCGGGCGGCAAGCACGGCGCCAACCGCCAAAUGCACACGCUUGCUGUCAAGUACGGCGAGCAGCUCGCGCUGUUCAAGGCCAUCCAAGAGGGCCUGGUGACCAUUUCCCACAAUGUUCUGCGCCAGGACAAGGCCAAGGUGCUGGAGAAUGGCAUGAAGCUUGAGGCCGACUGCGAGAAGGUCAGCAUGAAGGCCAUGGAGCUUGACGUGCAGUCCCGCAACGUCUCCGCCAUCGGCAACAGCUUUGGUGGCUCCUCCAAGGCCCUCAACAAGCUGGGCGCCGGAGAGAACGGCAGCCUCCUGCAGACGGCCAUCUCGCAGCUUGCUCAAGCCCGCCGCGAGAUGAUGAGCAGCGCCACGCAAGUUGCAGAUGACACGAGCGACGAGGCAAGCCGUCGCGAGCUGCAGGCAAAGGUCGCGCACAUGAGCGAGAAGGCGUCGCAGCUCGAGGUUCUUGCCACGGCCCAAGCCAUGGAGAACGCCACCAUGAUUCUGCAAGAGCUGCACAGCCCGCUUCGCGAGAUGAUCAACGCCGCGCACCAAGGCAACCCGCCGGCGCACGGUCUCGCGUCAGACCGCUUCAAGGCCGUCUCGGUCCAGCUCGGCAAGUCGAUCCAAACCACCUGCGCAUACACGAGCGACCCCGAGCGCGCCAAGCGCCUUGACCAGCGCUGCGCCGCCCUGCUGAAACUCGUUCCCGAGCUUCAGAACGCGACGCGAGCCGUCGCCGUCAUCAAUCACGACAUUGAGGCGCAGCGCAACAAGAACAACGCUGCCGUCGUUGCCGCUGUCCGUGGUGAAGGCGACGCCGAGACCAGCGGCAGUGGCGGUCAGGGCUCUUCGGAGAGCACCAUCGGGGCUGCUGCCAACGGCCCCGCCGCUUCGCACCAAGUUGCCACCCUUCGCGGUACCGAGGACACUCAAAACCUGCUCAAGAAGGCUGCCGUCGAGCACAUGGACACAAUGAAAGCAGAGUGGGACAGGGCCCUGGCUGCACUGGAGCGCGUUCUUGACGAUGUUGCUGCUCCGAAUAGCAUGUUUGAUGUUCUGGCCGAUGACCUCAAGAACCACCAACUCGCCGACUUUAUUGCCGCCGUCGAGAGCGGGGACCAGGCCAAGUUUGAUGCGGCUUUGAAUGCUCUCAACGAGCGUGUCAGCCACAUUAUCAUCCAAGCCAAGUCCGAGGCGGCGCGUACCGGCAACGCCGAGUUUAUCAAGACUGUCGACCGACUGUGCGAGGCGCUUGAGAAGUCGCGCGAUCACCUUGUUCAGACUGGUCGCGAGGCGCUCCUGAACCCGACCGCCGAGAACAAGGCGGCAUUCAACAAGGCCCAGCACCAGUUUGCUCUGGCUGUCACCAACAUUGAGAUUGCCCUCCGGUCCAAGCCCGCUCCCGGCGAAGGCGAAGACGGUCUGCCUUCUGUGCCGCGCCACAAGGUCAUGGACCAGAUUGACCAAAUCUUCCGUCGCAUGGCCCCAGUACCCAAGCCCGUCGUUCAGUUUGUGCAGCCCGAUACCAGCCAGAUGGACAAGGAGGCUGCUGCAAAGGCCGAGGCUGAGGCUGCCGCCCGCCGCGCCGCCGCCGAAGCCGAAGCCGCCGCCUUGGCCGCAGCAGCUGCUGCCGAAGACGACGUCGAGUCCGAGUCAGAGGAGGAGGAAGAAGAAGAGCAAGUCAGCGACAAGCUGCAGCAAAUCAAGGAUGCCGCGAAGGAGCUUCGAGCAGAAGCUCGCAAGUGGUCGAGCAAGGGCAACGACCUUAUCGCCCUCGCCAACGAGCUGGCCCAGCUCAUGUUGGAGAUGGCCGACCACGCUCACCACUUCCGCAAGGCCGAGCUCGUCCGCACUGCCAAGCUCAUGUGCGCCAAGAUUGUUGAAAUCGAACGCAUUGCCCGCGAGAUUGCCAAGAACUGCCCGGACAAGCGUCUGUCCAAGCAGUUGCUCGAUUACGUCGACCGCGUUCCUACCAUUUCCAACCAACUGCGUGUCAUCUCGUCCGUCAAGGCUGCCAACCCCAACGAUGCCGAGACUGACUCUCAGCUCGUGGUGUGCGCUCGCAACUUGAUGACCAACGUUACGCACGUCGUCAACCGAUGCGAGGCAGCGUGCGUCGCUCGCCAGCAGAUUGUCGGCGAUUCCAACGCGCCCAAGACAGGCCCCAAGCUCCAGUGGAAGCGCCGCCUGACGACCAAGCGUUCCUCGUCCAAGGAUGCCGUUGCUGAUGCUUAAACUCGACACUGUAAUCGUUUGGACAGAGACAAGCUCAAACCUCGAAUUAUCUGCGUGUUGUGGUUGUGAUCGGAACCAUUUUUUUUUCUUUGGGUGUUGGUUGUCGUUUUCUGUUUGUUGGUCUUCUUGAAUGUUUGCCUUGACUCGCUUCAUUGUGUGUUUUCAGUUCACCAUGCGCUCCUCUGGGAUUGCACCUCUGGAUUGAUUUUGUUUGUGUCCGACCCAUUUGUUUGUUUUUUUGGAUGAAUUUACUUUGCCUUCUUUUGGA